AUGCCGAACAUAGCAAUUGUGUCGGGUGGUACCGCUACGAAUGCUAUUUUGGAUGUGAUCCAGCAGCUGGCGGGCGAUCAGAAUCAUAACUCUCACUCUAAUGGUUGCAUUUCAUACAUUCUCCCCAUAUCCGACAAUGGAGGAUCUACUUCGGAAAUUAUCCGCGUCAUGGGGGGUUGUUCCGUGGGUGAUAUUCGUUCCCGGAUUACCAGACUGAUUCCAGAUGAAAGUUCGGGUCUUAGAGACCUAUUAUCAUACCGUCUCUCGCCCAAUCUUAAAGAAGCAAAGGCCGAAUGGGAACAGAUAGUGGAAGGAUCGCAUCCUCUCUGGGCCAGUGUUGAUCCCCCUUGCCGUCAAAUUAUGCGCAGUUUCCUCAUUCAUGUUCAUUUGGAGAUUCUUAAAAGAUCCAGGCACUCUGCCAAAAACUUCCGAUUAGAAUUGGCCUCUGUCGGUAACUUGUUUCUAACCGGUGCUCGUCUUUCCUGUGGAUCUUUGGAUUCCUCAAUUGAAUUGGUUUUAAGGAUGACAAGGGUUCCCUCUAAUAUUCAAGUUCUCCCUUGCAUCAACACUAAUUUCACUUAUCAUAUCAGCGCAUUGUUGAAAAAUGGUGCUAUUAUCACUGGUCAGUCGCAGAUAUCGCAUCCUUCACUCCCUACGAAAGGUAGAAGGAGGGAACCGUCUUUAUUAAAAUCUAGUUCACUAUCAAGGCUUGAGUAUCUUCAUAAUGGAUCUACCGUUUCGUUCAAUGAUGACGUAGUUCUCCAGGGAAGUGUCGCCGAAACACCAGAUCAGGUUAGAAAUGUCGUCAAGAAUGCUGGACUUAAUUGGAAGCAGCAGGACAGUGACAUUGAUAGUGACAUUGCUAGUUACGAUUCUGAUAUUGAUGAUGACUCAGAGAUGGGUACACCCUCGUACGUUCAUCCGGAGUUGCGAAAGUCUCAACUUCAUUUUAAUAAGGAUGAUAAUAUCCCAUUGCCUGCUCCCAUAGAAAGAAUAUUUUACAUAUCUCCUUAUGGUGAAGAGAUCUAUCCUGUGGCCAAUUCAAGAGUGUUGAACUGCCUACGAGAGGCGAACACUGUUAUUUAUUCCAUUGGCUCAUUAAUGACUUCUAUUGUUCCUAUCUUAAUUUUACAGGGAGUUGGCGAUGCCAUCCUUCACAAUCAUAGGAAGAGCAGUGGAAGCAAAAAAAAGGUGCUGCUCGUAAAUGGUUCUAGUGAUCGUGAAACAUACGGAAUGAGUGCCUUGGAUUGCAUCACUGUCAUUUGCGAUGCAUUGAAUUACUCAAUGCUUUUUUCACCAGAAAGAAAACGGGAUAAAUCUCACGAGGUGACUUCGGGGAAGUUUCCAAUCAGUUCAUUUGUAACACACAUUCUUUACAUAAGGUUCGACGCACAAAUUCGUGUGGACGUUUCGGCAAUCGAGAGCCAAGGGGUUAAAUGCAUAGCGGUUAAAAAUGCGCUUGGUGAUGGUCAUGCCUAUGAUUUGACGGAUAUGUAUAAGAAAAUGGAUGAAAUAUCCAAAUCAAAGGUUUGA